CCCACACUUCCUCCCUUUAUUCAGCAGUCCCAAGGCGUUGGCCUCUCAUCGCCUUCUCCUUUUACUCUGGAGGCGUCGUAUUGAUUGCUGCUGAUUUUCUCUUGCUAAAUGACGACGUGUGUGAGCAUCAAUUAGCAAGUCCCUCAGGUGUGACUCUUCCGAGUCUGACUCAUUCUCCUCACACAGCUGAGCUUCAUCAGGAACAUGACUGGAGGGCCCAGGCUCUGCAUUAAACCGUGAGUCCUGUAAUUCAUCCCAGCCUCCCUCUGCCCCGAUCGCCCUUCAAAUACCUCCUCCACCUCCUCCUCAGAUUCUUCAGACUCAGCUGUUGCGAACACAGUCUUUACUACUCAGGCGUUUGGGGUCUACAGACCUGGAAGAAAGCCAAACCCCGAGGCAUAUAAAAAGAAGAAUUAUUGGUUGGCCUGAAGGACAGGGACGUUGGAGGAACAGAAUAAUUUUUACCUGCUGUUUAUCUGAGAGAUCUUUGUGCCAUGUCUGAGGCUGGUGGGAGGCCAAGAAGCGUCACCCAAUACUCUAUCUCUUUUACGAAGACAUGAAAGAGGAUCCAAUUCGGGAAAUGCGGAAAAUAGCCCAGUUCCUGGAACUAGAGAUUCAAGAACCAGUUCUGAAUCAGAUUUUGGAGUACACCAAGUUUGAGACCAUGAAAGGAAUCACAAUGGCUAAUUAUGCUACUGUGUCACCCUGUCUCAUGGACCAUACCGUGUCACCCUUCCUCAGAAAAGGCAUUGUUGGUGACUGGAAGGAGCACUUCACAGUGUCUCAAAGUGAGCAGCUGGAAGGCAUCUGUAGUCAGUUGCUGGCAGGCAGUGGUCUGACUUUCCGUACAGAGCUGUAAAAGCAGCUCUAUCUCCUCCAUGCAGCCUUCUCAAUCAAGCUUGCUUAAAUUAUUAAUCUUCCAUGCAUUUAAUAAAAUAAGUCAUGGGUACCACAAAUGAUAAUCCAAGCUUUACUGUGCAUCUCUUUAAAAAAAACUAAUUCUUGUUCAAAAGCAUUUGUCACUGGCAAUUCAAUUUCCUUUUGCUGAAAUUCUCUUAAUGGGUUGCUUGGUCUCUGUCUGUCUCUCUCUCUCUCAUUUCCUGUACUGUAUGCUAAGAAAAGGAUGGUUGUCCAGUUUUUAAUUUAAAAACUUCUAAUUUUUACUUAAAGUUUCUUUUCAAUUGCUUAAAACAGCUGCUAGUAGGAAAAGCAUUUCAAAAGGAAAGUGGGAGGAGAAGAAAAGAAGGUGAAAUAACACUUUAAAAAUGUGGUCACUUUUCUGAGAUAUUUUCCUGAUAUUUCAAUCACACAGGGAAGGGCCAAAUAUGGCUCUCUUUCAUAUAUUUUAUGUUUAUUUUAUUUACCAUUUUUAUUUUAUUUACUAUAUGUUUGACUGUUUUUAGAUUGUUAUGGUGUUUUAGAAGUUGUUAUAUUAUGUGCUACCCAGAAUCAUGGUUUUGUGAAAUGGAAGGCUUGAUAAAUAUGCUAAAUAAAUAAAUAAACAAAUAGGUAAUUACA